AUGCAGCUCGUGCGACUGCCCACUGAAAUCCAACAACAAAUCCUCGAGCACGUCGCCAUUUCCGAAGCAACCAUGGCCACUCCAAUGGACAUAGACGCAUCUUCGAACCCCAUGAUCCCACCCGCUGAUGGAUCAUCCCCUCUCCUCGCUUUACCCAAGGAAUUGCGCCGUGCUAUCUUCGGCUACAUCUUGCCGCCAAAGGAUAAGAUCAUCGAGCCUUACAAGACACUUACUCAGCCUCAGAAACCGAGACCUGUCGCACCUGUCGCACCUGGCGCACCUGCUGCACUUCUCGUGCCUUUUCUUCAAGCCAACUUGCAUCACAUGGCACAUGUUCUCCAGAACAACCCGAACGUGCCCGCGCACAUGCUGCAGGCCCUCCAGAAUGUAGUAACUCAGAUGCUCCAGAAUAACCAACCCGUGCCCGCGAACAUACUGCAGAUUAUCCAGAAUGCAGCAACUCAGACGCCCCCGAGCGUACCACCGCAACCUAACACACAACAAACCGGCAGUGCCGCUUCGGUUGCUACUGCUACUGCUGCUACUGCUGCCACUGCUGCUACAUCGGAGACUGCAAAAGAGAAGAAGAAACCUGCUCUAGCUGUUGGUGAUGCUCUGGUUCUCUGCAAGCAGAUUGCCUCGGAGAUCCUGGUCAUGUUGUACGAGGAGCGUACAUUUGCCUUGAACGUCUACGAGGGUAUCUCUGACGGUGGCAUCGAGUUUCUCAAUUCAGGUCGCCAGCGCCUCCAAUACCGUGAAAACUUUACACAGGUUCGCUUUAAGCGCUUCGAGGGUCCUGACGAUCCAUUCAGCUUCUCGCGCAUCAAGCGCCUUAUGGUUCGCAUCUACCCAGCAACCGAGACAGCCUCAGAGCAAAAGAACAGUCGUCACAACGCUAUGCAUACGCAUUUCAUGAUUCGCGCCCUCGUCAAGCUCCUGAAGCACGAUGGUAGCUUCGGUCUCAACCGCCUGCAAAUGCGCUUUGUUGAGCCUCGAAGCCAUCUAUGGCGACCAUAUCCCUGGCAAAACACGACUGACUUCUCUCUUCGCAGCUCGUCGAUCCACGGCAUAUCUAACAUCGAAGUCAUCUUGCGCGGUCUGCUCGAACUACGUCAAGUCCAAACCGCUGUCUGCGAACUUCCCCCCGGCCUCUACAGAGACAGCGCCCUAUGUGAUUUUAUCGACCGUUUACUAGGUGUCAUCACCAACAAGCUCCAUCCUGGUACAAUGGAUGACGAGAUUGCCAUCAAGAUCGAGGGUGCGAGGGACAUGCUCGAUGACUGGAUCCAUUCAAGCAUGUUCAGUACUGCAACUUCGAGAGCCAUGCCUGCGCUUCUCAAAGACUCUGAUUUUGAAGAAGUACAAGAUACCGACUGUUUCAACUCGUACCCAGAUGAGGAUAACUAUUACGACAUACCUGCUCGUCCGGAUGUCAAAUCAAAGAGGUUCACAGACGAUUACUCACCCCCACUCCGCGAUACCUACGAGGAACGCAUCACGAGUAUCGAUGGGGAGGGCGAGAGAGCUUGGAAUACCGAGCAUCAUAGUUCCAACAACAGAGUCUCACCAUCAGGCACAAACAGCCACAACGGCGACAAAUCUGCCCGCACUUCCACGACAAGACGCCCACGAUUCGGCUCGCUACUAAGCUCUUCCAGUCGCGAGUCUAGCGGAGGAGCCUCACUCCUUGAGAUGGUCUCCAUCAAUGAUGAGGACGCUCUUCCCAGAUUGAAUUCACUGGUUCAUGCCGACCUAACCUCGCCUAAGAAGCGCAGGACUCGUCCAACACCACAUCGUACGAACAACCGUGGAUCCGUUGCUAAACCUGAGCUGCGUAGAUCAGAAAGAGUACGCGCUCGCAAUUCUACCGACAAUGCCAUACCGACCACCAACGAGGACAAGACUCUGUUUUCCGAGGAUCUUGUGUUCAACCCUCCCUCAGCGGUCGGAUAUCCUCUUCCAACCCCUGCAAGGGCCAUUUGCUCUGAUGACUCAUACUCUGACCCCUUUGACUCUGGCUCACUUUUUCUGAACAGUAUCAAGAGACAAGCCUACGAAGCUCAAGAUCAGCGGCCAUCAGAUGUGCUCGAUCAAACCGCCAGCAAUAGCACUCAAGAAAACAGAAGAACUCCAAGCUCGAAGCAAAACAUGUCUCGGGACAUCAUCAAUCUCGAAGAUGAUAAAUAG